AAUGUGGAAGCAGUAACUCCAGAAACCGAAUCAGACAGUGAGGCCAAGCUGAUGUCUUCUGUGAAUGGUGAUCCAUUUGUUGAUGUGAAACAAGAAGAGAAAUCUGAACCAUUCAGUUUUGUUUCUGUUAAGGAGGAGCUGCUAUGUAAUGGUUCUGAAGUAGUAAAGUUUGAGAUGGGACCAGAUCCACCUGCUGACAGAUACUGGAGAAAAAAUGGGAGUACGAGACGACAGUACGUCAGCUGUUCCUAGACUUCAAGAAAGCCUAUGAUUCAGUUAGGAGGGAAGUAUUGUACAAUAUUCUGACAGAGUUUGGGAUAUCCAUGAAACAGAACCCAAUGGAUGUAACAAAAGAGAGACUACCUUCUGAUGAUGAAAGCAAUCAGAUGCCUUCAGUGAAUAAUGUUUAUAUCAUGCCUUCAUCAGAAGAUCUGUCUUACUUACUCCCUGUUCCUGAAGGUAAAGAAGAGAUGCAGAUUAUGAAUGUAAUAAAACCAGAACCCAAAUCUGAUGAUGAGGCUAAACUGAUGUCAUCUGUGAAUGGUGACCAAUUCAUUGACAUGAAACGAGGGGAGAUAUCUGAACCAUUCAGUUUUGUUACUGUGAAGGAAGAACCUCUGUGUGAUUGCUCUGAGAUGGUGAAGUUUGAGAUUGAACAAGAGCCAGCUGGAGAAAGGCUCAAGGAGUUCCUUGUCCAGCAAGAUAAUUUUGUUGCAAGUGAUGGGACAUACAAUUGUGAAGUGUGUAAUAAGAGUUUCUUACUACUUGGCCUUCUCAAGUCACACACUCAAACUCACAAAGGUAAGAAACCAUUCAGAUGUGACCUUUGCAGUAAAAGUUUUACACGACGGAAUAAUCUUGUUGCACAUGCACGCAUACAGAAUGGAGAUAAGCCUUACAAGUGUGAAGUGUGUUCCAAAGGCUUUAACCGGAAUUCAAAUCUUUUAAUUCAUUCCCGUACUCACAGUGGAAACAGACCUUAUAAAUGUGAAGAAUGCGGAAGAAGUUUUACACAAUCAAGUCAUCUCAUAGUUCAUACACGAAUACAUACUGGAGAUAGACCAUUUAUAUGUAACAUCUGCAGUAAAGGCUUCAUGACACAUGAAGAACUCUUGGGUCAUUCUCGUUCACAUGUCGGUGAAAAGCCAUUCAAGUGUGUGCAAUAUGUAGUAAAACUUUUAGUCUUCGUGGAUCUCUUAGAGUCCACAUGCGAACUCAUGAUACAGGAACACCUUUCAAAUGUGAAUUGUGCAGUAAAUGUUUUGGGAGGCGUGAGGACCUUGUUGCUCACAUUAGUAAGCAUACUGGAGAGAAGAUCUACAGAUGUCAGGUUUGCCCUAAACGUUUUUCACGUAAAGGGGUUCUUCUGGUUCAUUAUCAGACUCAUUCAGAAGAGUGUUGAUAUAAGUGUGAAAUUUGUUCUAGAAGUUUCCGAGCAAAAAGGAAUCUUCUUACUCAUAUUGGGAUACACACCAGAGUCUGAUGCAUGUUCUAAGAGAUUUACAUCACAUAGAGGCUGUCUUCCAUGCUGAUGAGAAACCAUUAAAUCUGCUACAUGGAAUGUAAUGCUUGCAGUUCACUUAGAACUUGUGAAUCAUAGAUGCUCCACACAAGCCUUUAGAAUUUUAAGUAUUGAUGCAUAUAUGUGUAGAAUACAAGGGAGUGAAUGAUUCUGGCUCAUUCUGAUUUCAGACUUACCUAAGAAGAAAGAUUUUAUUGCCAUUUUAAUUAUUUCUUAUGUGUUUUAUAUUUAUUUUAUUGAAUUGUGCUGAGUGUAAUAUUUUAUUCUGCUUGCCACAAUGAAUGUGUUAAAUAAAAUGACAUCCAUAUGCCUAAUCCUAUUUUAUUGUA